AUGUUCAAUAUACUUAAUGCAAAAUCAAUAUUAGUAUAAAAAAAGUUUGAAGAUCAUUAUGACGCAUUUAAAAGGCCACCUGAUUUUAUAUUUGCUGAAAGACAUGGAGUAUUAUAAACAUUGAAUUUAGUAAGCUUCUAGAUUUGCAGUAGCUGAAAAUGAAAAAGUUUAAUUAUGUGCUUGUUGUGGAAUGCCUAUCCAAAAUCAACAAUUAUCUUUAUGUUGUAAUAAAAAGGAUAUCAAUUUCAAUGGUGCUGGAAUUCCAUUAUACUUUGAGUUUAUAUAAUUUGCAGCCGUUUUGCUUGUUACUUUAGGGUAUUUAUGGAUAUUUUUAUAGAUUGAUAUCUGGAAUAUAUAAUAUUAUUACAAAUUAUUAAGGGAACAUUUGUGAACAAUAUUCUAAUACAUGCUAUUUGAAUUUCUAUAAUAAAUACGCUUUAUCUAAUAAGGCUAAGUAAAAAAAUAUUUAUUAUUUAAGUGAAUAGGAUAUUACACUUAAUGUCUUAGAUUUAAUUUCGACUAUUGUUAUUAUUGGAUUUACAAUUUAUUAUAGAAGAUGGAUGAAUUUAACUGCAAUUGAAGUUGAUAACUCAAUAGUCACAAUAUCAGAUUAUUCUAUUUAAGUUAGUAAUUUACCUUUAGAUGCAACAGAACAAGAAAUUCAAGAAUUUUUUAGUAUAAUUGAAAAAAAAGGUGUUGAAAAAUAAUUAGAAAUUAAAAAAAUUUGUUUAGGAUAUAACAUAAUGCAAUACACUAAUUUAGUUAAUGAAAAAUUAACUAAAGAAAUAUAAAUUAGUAAUUUGAUUGCAUUGUAUUACUUAUUUCUUUAUUGUAGGGAAUAAAAAGGAAAGUUAAAAGAUAAAUUAUAAAAAGAAGUACUUGAAUAAGAAAUAGCUGCAAUUAAUAAUGAAAUUGAUAACUUUCAUUAGGUUUUUGAUUAAAAGUUUUUAUUUAGUGGAGUAGUUUUUAUUACAUUUAACACAAGCGUAUUUAUUUGAUUAUAUAUUCAGUAAGAAGCAUAAGAAUGUCGAAAAUAUCAUAAUUAAACAAAGAUACAGUUAUUAUUCCAUUAGCUAUAUUAUUGUUUUAAAAGAAAGCAAUAAUUAAUAAAAUUUAAAGGAAAAACACCAUAUGUAGUAAGAGCACCUGAACCUGGUGAUAUAAUGUGGGAAAAUUUAGGAGAAAAACCUUGGAAAUAAAUCUCUAAUUAAACAUGGACAAAUUUAGCAACAUUUUUAAUAUUGGGAAUUUGUUUUGGAGCAAUAUUAGGUAUUUCUAUAGGAUAAAAUUAAUUAAAUAAGAGUGAAACAAAAAAUACUUAUAAAUCAGUAGCAUUAUUAAUUACAAUUUUGGGUUUAAUUGCUUCAUUAAUUAUUUCACUUCUUAAUAUAAUUAUGGCAUUCACAAUAAAGAAAUUAGUUUUUUAUGAAAGACCUUAUACAUAAACAGAUUUUAAUAUAAGUUAUGCAAAUAAAUUAGGAAUAGUAUUUUUUAAUUAUUUAUUUUAGUCUUAAUUUAUUAAUACAGCAAUUAUACCAUUAUUAGUUAAUCUGGCAUUAUAAGAUGAAGAAUUAUUAGUAAGUUUAUGGAAAAAUGGAGGAUUUAAUUCUGAUAUAAUACUUAUUUUAAUAAUGAAUGCUAUAUUUCCUUGGGUUAUUAAUCUUUUUGAUCCAUUUUAUAUAUGGAAAUUAAUUUAAAGAAUAAGAAUUAAAAGUUAAGGAACUCGCUGCACAUUGACUUAAAGAGAAGCUAAUAUAAUUUUUGAAGGAACUUAAAAUGAUUUAUCUGAGAAAUAUGCUACUAUUGUUAAAGCUUUAAUGUUGACUUUCUUUUAUGCUUAAUUAUUGCCUAUAGGAAUACCUAUAGCUUUGGUAUUUUUAUUAAUUACGUAUUGGGUGGAGAAAUAUUUAUUAUUAAAAAGAUAAUCAAGAAAUGCUCCAUUAGGUAAGUAAUUAGCAGAAGAAAUGAUAGAUUUAUAUAUUGAAUUAACUCUAUUACUUUUUGCAGCAGGAAAUUGUAUUUGGUAGAAAAUUGUAGUAGGAGAAAUUAAUCUUAUAGUUUGGAUAUAAUUAGCUGUGGCAGGAUUUUAAUUUCUUAUUCCUAUUGAUUGGAUAUUUGAAUGGUUUGUUAAGUUUAAAGAAGCAGAAACUAAAGAAACUUAUUAAUAAAAAAAGGCUUAAUUAUGGGAUGUAAUUUAUUAUUAUAAAAAUAGGAUUAUUCAAAACGAAAUCCUGUAACUUAAUAAAAAAGUAUUGAGGAAUGGAUUAAGGAAUAAGGAGGAGAAUAAAAUUAAAAAGUUUAAGGAUUCUUAUAAAAGCUAGAAAUUAAAUAUUAACAUGAUAUUACAGAAGCUUAGCAUAAAUUAAUUAAAAAAAUUGUACCUUAAGAUCUAAUUAAUGUAUUUAAUUCAGCAUAUUAAAAGACACAUUAUGAAAUUAGAAAAAAUCAAAUUUAACCAAAUAAUCUAGAAGAACCUUUAUUAUAAAAAUAAUAAGGAAUGAAUACAAAAAAACUAUAUAUUCGCUAAUCAGAAUCUAUAAAUAUUUAGAAACGAGAGACUGAAUUUGUACUCAAUAAACCAGAUAUUAAAUAAACUGAAUCUUUUACAUAUGAUUGA